AUGAAUGCAGAUGAGGCGGCGUUGUCUCUGACACAUCCACUGUCCGUCUCGUCUAUACCGGCUUCAGGAGGCUAUUCUGAUGAUUUCCUGGCCGUUGCCAACUUGUGGCGAGUCAUCGUAGCAGCUGUCAUGAAAUGGCCAUCCACGCGUGUCCCAGACAUAUUCAGGCUAUUGUAUGCUAUCGCGAGAGCGCCAGACAACCUCCACAAAGGUGAGGCUGUUGACGACGAGGGAGAAAAGCUUACAUGGGCAAAAUUCCCGUACUUCGGUAUGAUCUGGCACGAGAGCAUGGGCGCAGACAUGCGGCCAGGCCAAAUUUGCCGGCAGUAUUCCGACUCAACCUUGCUCGCACUGGCGAGGAAACUGUAUUUGAAGAUGAAGGAUGCCGAAGCUCAGUUGGUCGCGAAUGACGUUCUGACGAUGAACAAGGCCAUGAUCCAACUCAUUAUCCAGGCUCUCGAGAAAGAGAUCGACCAGAGCGACGAGCAGCUUGCUCCAGAUGAAGCCACUGGUUCCAGCCAAGUCAAGCUUGACUUUCAUAUUCCGGCUGCCUCGUACAUGUUCAAGUAUAAUGCCGGCGCAGUCCACGAACAAGUUGUAACCAAGGGACUCGGAGACUGGACAAAGCGUCAACUGCCAGAUGGAGCAAGGGACUUCCAGAAUGGAGCGGAGACAUGGUCGUUCUGGAGGAAGCGUCUAGAGCAGCUGUCUCAAGGAACUGCCGAUGACGAGGUGAAAGUCGCUGCACAGGCAAGCCUGGAGUACAUGUCAAGGACCCUUUAG